AUGAGGCCUAUUCUUCUCCAGGGCCAUGAACGGUCUCUGAAUCAAAUCAAAUUCAACCGCGACGGCGACCUUCUCUUCUCCGUCGCCAAGGACAAGAUCGUCGGUGUCUGGUUCGCCGCCAACGGAGAGCGUCUAGGAACAUACGCAGGCCAUCAAGGAGCCAUCUGGACCGUCGACGUCAGCCCCAACACAGUCCUCCUCGCAACAGGAUCAGCAGAUAACUCUGUCCGAUUAUGGAACAUCAAGACCGGCGAAUGUGUCAAAGUAUGGGAGUUCCCCACCGCCGUGAAACGGGUUGAAUUCAGUCCCGAUGGAAGUCAACUUUUGGCCGUGACGGAGAAGCGUAUGGGCUACUUGGGCACGAUUGUGGUGUUUGAUGUGAAGUAUGGAGAUGGCGAGGGAAACAACUUGGAUGAGCAGACGGACGAGCCGAGUUUGAAGAUUACGUGCGAGGAUAGCAAGGCUACUGUUGCCGGAUGGAGUUAUUUGAGCAAGUACAUUAUUGCGGGACAUGAGGAUGGUAGCGUCAGCCAGUAUGAUGCCAAGACCGGCGAACAACUGGAAAACGUGCAAGCCCACGAGCUCGACCUACAGAUCAACGACAUUCAAUUCUCCGCAGACCGCACAUACUUUAUCACCGCAUCCAGAGACAAGACCGCUAAAAUCAUCUCCUCCCGUAACCUUGCCGUCCUCAAAUCCUUCACUACCGACACCCCCCUCAACACAGCCGCCAUCACCCCGAAAAAGGACUACGUGAUCCUCGGCGGUGGCCAAGCCGCCAUGGAAGUCACAACCACCUCUGCCCGCCAAGGUAAAUUCGAAGCUCGCUUCUACCACAAGAUCUUUGAAGACGAAAUCGGUCGUGUGCGUGGCCACUUCGGUCCUCUCAACACCAUCGCCGUGCACCCCGCCGGCACGGCUUAUGCCUCUGGUGGAGAGGACGGUUACGUUCGCGUUCAUCAUUUUGAUAAGCCGUACUUUGAUUUUAUGUAUGAGGUUGAGAGGGAGCAGUUGAGGCGGUAG